AUGGCCAGUAAGGGCCCCCGGCCUGCCUGCGUCGAGGAUUACGACGAAGAACGCAACGCUGCUCUACCCGCCACUAGGCUGUCUGCCAAUAUUGCUGCCAAUUCAGCUGCCAAAAUAUCCUCCAGGUUGGAAAGAUUCCAGGAGCCGCUGAUCGACGGCGCCAGUGACUCAGGUUAUUCUAGUCGCACCGCCGCUACGCUUGACAGCACCCAAUCUGCUCCUUCAGGCGGAAGGAGCCCACCGAUCCCUCUUAAGCUGGACACCCCCAGACGUUCCGACCUCACCAGGAAAAGUUCGACCAGAGAACGAAAGGACAAAGAACGAUCUAGACUGCCGGAGGAGACGAUGGUUGGUGCCUAUCCGGGCGCUGCCCAUCAUGCUCAUGUGCCCCGGUCGUCGUCCAAGUCUCAUCGACGAGAACCUUCCCGCACCCACCAAUAUCACGACAACUACUACGACUACGCCACCACUCAAUACCAUUCAUCCACCCCGGUUGAUCAUCGACAAAGUGACUAUUCCUACUAUCCACCGUCACGACCCCCCGUCCCAGAAUACUCCUCGUCCCCGCACACUGCUCGAUAUCCCGGCGGCGCCAUAGAGAGCAUCCACGUCAGUCAUUCUGGUCGACCGAGUCGCUCCCACUCCUAUCACAAUUACCACUCAAACGGACGCCCCAUGAGCUUUCACGGGAUGCCACAUGGAAUGGGCUCUCCAAUGCUGCCCCCGAUGUACCAGCCGCAUGAAUAUGGCCCUCCACCCGCCAACUCGGCAUACAUGCAGCAGUAUUCCUCGUCGCCAUAUGGAGCCUCCUCCUACUACGCACCAUCAGUCUCGGAUUACCCUCCCUCGGAUUAUCCACGAGAGCGAUCCCAGUCCCGGGAACCAUCGUCACGCCGUCGGUCUUCCUCGAUCUACGGGCCCCCACCACCUCCACCGAUGGACUCCGGAGAUUAUUUCCCAUGGCAUGAGGAUGAGCCGCCUCUGGAACGUUAUUCUUCGCGGGAUACCCACGAGCGACCUCCCCCAAGGCACCAGGAAUACGAUGAGGACUAUUAUCGUAUGCCACCCCCGGGAGCCAAGCCCAGGCCCAAGCCCAGAACUGCCCCGCAGAUUCACCAGGCAACGCGGCCAGAGCGGCCAGACCCACCACGCAAAGUGCAUACAACCGCCGGUAUAAUUCACUCGCAGCGUCGUCCAUCCAGAGGGAUGGACCGAGGCAUGGACAGAGAUGCAGACCGCAUGGAUAUGUCCGAGCUUGCGGGGGCCUUGCCGGUAGUUCAGGAUCGGGCACAUCGUCGCCUGUCAAGGGACGCCCCACAGCUGGAGAGAACCCACAGCCUACGAGAUCACCGACGAUCUACGUCUUACCAGGACGAUCGACGGUCUGCUCAGGUGGCCGUGGCGAGCUCGCGGCGGCGGAAGCCAACCGAAUACUAUUACGAUGAACCAUCCAACGCCGGCGUGGACCUUGAAGACCGCGAACGCGAGGCUGAAGACUACCAGGCAGCUCGCUCUGGCCGAGCAUCAGCUACUGCACUGCCUCUUUCUGCAGAGGCCUUGCUCCCUACUAAAGCGUCUCACCGCAACGGGAGCGAGAGCAGCAGCCAGAAAAGCCGGAGCAGCCAUGGCAGUGGCACAGGCUCGCGGAAGGAAGACGACAAGAACAUGACCCUUACGUUGAACGGAUUUCAAAUUGGAUUUACACAAGAAGCAGUCGCUGGAAAGUCUAUUAACAUUCGGUCUGGGCAGACUGGGGCUGUACGAUUGAACAUCGGCGGCCCGCGGCCUCCCAAGCAGUAUGUGAACGGCACCGGUUCUGAUUAUACGGGUGGCUCCAGCCGCCGGGAGCUUGAAGAUGUGCGGCGUCCUCGGGAGGACAGGCGGUCGGAGCGAUCUAUUCGCCGAAACAGCCAGUCAGCCUACGGAGGUACCCGCUACCAUUGA